AUGGCUACGGCGACAAAGCGAAAGUCUGGCGAGAUGGACGACGCGUAUCCCAGUAUUGAGGACGCAACACCCACAAACACUACACCACCCAGAAAGCGGAUGCGAAUCACGCGAAGCCAAAAACAGUCCCUAAUUGACAAUUUGCAGCUGGAGAUCACGGAAAGAGCCCGCAAACUCCGCGCACAGUACGCCCUCCAAGCACAAGACCUCCGAGCUAGACUCGAACGACGCGUCAACCGAAUUCCUGUGGCUCUUCGCAAAGCGAACAUGGGUGAGCUGCUCGAGAAACACAACUCCACCCUCCGAGCUCAAUCAGAGCACCCUUCGCCAAGGAAAUACCGUAGCCCAGCUAAAGGAUCGCGCAAUUUCACGGCGAUGUCUGCUUCAGGCAGAAAGAAGGCUGCGACAGUCAGCCCAAGCCCUCGCAGGGUUCGGAAACAUAGUCCCGCCGGUAUCUACUCUGACAAAGAAAACGCACCCGCGUCAGGCGAACAGCUCGACGUUCUCAAGAACCCCAAGAGGCGCGGAAAGACUGGUGCAACCCCGGGAACAUCACGCGUUGUUUCCCAAGAAGUCCGAGGGGCGGACUACAGGAUCCUCUCGCCCAAAUCCUCAAAUUCUAGAACGUAUCCACAGUCCCCUCUGCGCGCUUCACCCGAGAAAGGCCAAUCGUCUUCAUACCUAUCUCGGCCCAUGUCACCACUAAAGCCCUCCAGUCCUCUCAAAUCUACCACCGGUAAUCUUGGAAGUGCUCGUCCUGGCUCAUCACGAGGCGCCGCUCCUGCGCGCCCACCAUCUUCCCAAACUAAAAGACCUGCAAGCAGAGCCGCCACUGCGGGCCCUAGAUCUGUCCGUUCUCCCCUUUCGCGGCCUGGUACUCGGCAAACCGACCGCAGGGGUAGCGUCUCAUCCACCACAUCAUCCGGUACAACCGUGACAAACACCAAGGCUGCCCCGUCGCGAAAGGCAACAACUGCAAGCUCAGCAGCAAGGAAGGCGACCGCCGCAAGAUCACAGGCGCCUUCUGCGACUUCGAAAAAGUCUGCAGCCUCGGGAGCUAGGAAGGCCACGACGUCGUCGGCGGGAGGUGAGACUACAACAGGCGGACGACGCACUCUACGGAAGCGUGCAUAG